AUGGAAAUUUUAAUUAUUGAGAUUCAUUGCCUUGCAGGUUCGGCAAUAGGGGCAGUGUUUAGUCCAAAUGGAAAUGGAUCUGCUGUUGGAAGCCUGGUAGGACUAGUUGGCGGGGUCAUAUUUGGAAUAGUAAAAUCCAGCCUGAACGAGGAUGGCUGCAAUGACUCAAAUGAUCUUCCAGAGGCAUUAAGUGUCGUCCAGACCAAAUUGGAAGACAUUAGUGAGAAAAUUGAAGACGUGAGUAAUAAUGUUCAAAUCGGCAGAAAGGAGAAUAACAUCAACUAUAGGAUCACCCAAGAUCUCGUUCAAGUCUCAAGGGAAGAAAAUGAGAUAAACUUCCAAAUCAACAGGGGCUUGAUCAACCAGGACAGAAUUGAGAAUAACAUCAACUUCGGCAUCAACCGCGCUUUGAUGGAGCAAGGAAGGCAAGAAAAUUAUGCGAAGUUUGCCAGAACUCGGGGUCUUGUCAAACAAGGAAGAGUUGAGAACCAAAUUAACUUUCAAAAGGCCCAAGGGUUGAUGAAUCAGGGGAGACUGGAAAAUUUUAUCAACUUCAAUGAGACUCAGGGCUUGAUUAACGAGGGAAGGCAUGAAAACCUGAUCAAUUUUGCGCUGACACAAGGACUCGUCGAUCAAGGGAGAGAAGAAAACCAAGAUAAUUUUGCCAUUACAAGAAAUCUCAUAAAUCGUGGGAGGGUAGAGAGCAAAAUCGAUUUCAAGGUAACUCGAGAACUAAUCAAUCACGGAAGGAGAGAGAACCUGAUCAACUUUGCCAUCACACAAGACCUCAUCACCCAGGGUCAAUGGGAAAACUUGAUGAAUUUCAAAGUCAUUGAGGGAUCUGUUGCCCAACUAAGGGAUGAUACCCUUAAAGGUUUCUCCUUCCUGUCAAAACAGGCUGAUAAAAAUAUUGAAGCCAUCACAAUAGCUCGACUAGAAGUGAGGCAGAGGUUUAAUAUUGCCUAUAAACUCCUGGACAGAAACUUUGAUGCGACAAAUGCUGGUCGUGUAGAAAAUUUGAGGAACUUCGAAGUCACGAACAACUUGCUUAACCAAAUCGGAGACGCUGUGACUCGUAAUCAAGCACAGGCAAUGGCUGAGCGUUUGCUUUUCUAUACAUCAACAGUCAACCUCAUCAGAGAAUCCACCAAUGAAACAAUCAGUGCAAUCGAUGACGCCAAGCAAAACAUUUUGAGAGCCAUUGAUAAAAGCAAGGUGGAACCAAUACUAUCCAAGUUAACUACAUUUUUAGCAUAUUUCAAUAGUGAGUUGGAGGGGAUUAAAUCAUCCAACACGAAGCAAAUUUUGGCAAAGCUUCAAGAACCAAAUGGAUUCCUCUUUUAUCUGGCAGAGUCCAGGACACCACGGGGCGUCAACAGUCUUCACUCCCUUCUCUCAGACAUCAUUAAUCAAGGUCUAGCGAUUCCUAAGAGCUCUGAUGACGAAUUGGCUUUGAUUACACUUGAUGCUCUCUUCACUGGCACUCAAACUUAUGUCUCAGUCCUCGCAUUUCUCAUGGAAGCCUACUCGUUCCUUGCUGAUCAUUACUACAAAGAGAUGAAUGUGGAACAAUUUCAUGCUCAUAUAACGUUGAUCAAUGUCAGAUACAAUGAUUUCAAGAGGUCACUGAAUAAUGGCAUAAUUGGUCAAGUUGCAGACAUUCUUCUUCAAGUCCAAAGAACCGGAAUCAUAUAUGGGGAGAUGUUAUUUUCAACACGACGCAAGAACCUGGAAGCAUUGAGGAACAGCAUUAUGCGCUUUGACCUGGCUUUGAAGACUCUUCAAACAGAACCAGCAAAGCUUCAGAGAAAGCCUGAGUUUCCAUCUUUAAAAGAUAAAGCUGUAUUUUAUGGACCCUGGAAACCAGGAAGAACCGUGAGCUAUGCAAUCCAAUAUAAAUACAAUAACGUGCUAUCCAAAAUCGGAGAAUUCACAAAAGCAUUUACUCUUGUGGAAGGCAUGGCGAAUCCUAAAAUACAAAUUCCGUCAGCUCCAUAUGGAGUAACAAGUCGUUUGGUUUUCCGAAAGUUUGACAACGAAAAGCCAGAAUAUGUGGGAACAGUUGGGGGCACCAAGCAAACAUCUUUCCAAGACAUUGACAAAGACUUAUUCAAUGCAGCUGGGAGUCUCAAUGAGGCUCUGGGUAAGGUUGAAGUAAGGUACUUUUUGGAUUCAGGAGCAAAUAUUUCAGCCAAAUAUGAUGAUGAGAUGACAGCUCUGCACAAAGCUUCUGCAGCUGGAAAUAGCCUUGUCGUGGAAGUAAUUGUUGAAGCUGGCGCCGACCUAAGUGCUCCAGACCUUCAUGGUCGCAAACCAAUUCAUCAUGCUGCAGAAACUGGAUAUGUCGAAACUAUGAAAAAGCUAUUUCUAUUGGGUGCUGAUGUGAACUCCAAGACCAGAGAUGACCUCACUCCAUUGCACAUAGCAGCUCUUUAUGGCAAUAGAGAUGUUUUACAAUACCUCUUCACUUUAAAGGAUAUUGAUGCAAAUGCUGUCACAAAGGACAAUUUUACUGCCUUUCACUUGAGUGUUUUGGCUGGACAUUUUUCUGCGACCAGCAUCUUGGCUGAUAACGAUGGUGUGAAUGUCAAUGCACCAGAUGAAAAUUCUUUCACUCCACUCCAUCAUGCAGUUGCUACUGAGAAUGAAGAAAUGUUGAAAUUAUUGCUUCAAAACCGAAGAAUAAACGUCAAUGCAAAAGCUUCAGAUGAUUUAACUGCGCUCCAUUUGGCUGUCGCAUCAGGCAAUAAAGAGAUUGUGGACAUACUUUUGACUCAAAGUAACGCCAACAUUAUGUCCAAGAGUAUUGGUGGAUUUACAGCAUUGCACAUGGCUGCAGCAAAUGGACAUUCUCAAGUUUUACAGUCACUCCUGAACAGAUUGUCAACGGACUCAGAAAGUAUCAAUUCCUUAUCUGCUGAAAAAUGGACUCCACUUCACUUGGCGAUAUCCUUCAAGCAUGUUCAAACCGUUACUCGACUUCUCCUACACUCUAACAUAGACAUCGAGGUCAAGGCAGAGGGCGGUUUGACUCCUUUGCAUUUAGCUGCUGGUACGGACCAGGCAAAAGUUGCCUCGAAACUGAUGUUGUUGGAUGUCAAUUUGGAAGAGCAAUCGGAUCUUGGCUUGAGAGCAUUACAUUAUGCUGCCUGGUAUGGUAGCAAGAAUGCUGCAUCCAUUUUACUCAAAGAAGCUGAUGUCAACGCCAAGACACGAUUUGGUCUCACACCACUCCACUUAGCUGUCAUUGGGAAUCAUCUCAACAUUGUUGAACAACUGACAACAAGUGCAAAUCUGAGCAUUCACAGCGCUACCGAAAGUGGGGCCACUGCUCUGCAUCUUGCUGCUGUUAGUGGGAACAAUGCCAUCGUUAUGCACCUUUUGCAACAUGGAGCUAAAGUGAACGCGAAGGACAAAUUUGGAAUGACUGCAUUUGAUAUGGCAAUUGACAAUAAACAAAAUUCGACAUCCAAUCUGCUGAAGUUACAUGGAGGAAAAUCCUCAAUGUGCUUACAAAUUGGUAACAGCAACGAGAAAAAUGAGGAAGGUUUUACAUUGCUUCAAGUUGCUGCACAAAAAGGCGACCUUGUCAGAGUGCUUGAGCUGGUAUCGUGUGGUGUUGAAGUAGGUGCAUUCAGUAAUAAUGGCAGCAAUGCAUUGCAUGAAGCUGUAUCUUUUGAAAGAAAAGAUGUUAUUGCUGCUCUUAUUGAUUCUGGAAUCGAUAUGAAUGCAAAAAGAACUGACGGUUGGGCAGCCAUUCAUAUAAGUUGUUUAGCGAGUGAUCCAGUGCCAAUACUGAGAAUAUUAUUGCAGAAGGGAGUUGAUGUCAAUUCAGUCACAAAUGAUGGCAAGACUGCUUUGGAUAUCGCGGUUAAGGAAGGAAAAACUAGUGUUGAAGCCUUUCUUCGGUCCCAGGGAGGAAAAAGUGGCAUUUGUCUCCGUCCCGAGACAGUGGAUCUGCGUGAUAGCGAUGGUCUGACAAAGCUCCAUAAAGCAGCUCGCGAUGGAAGUAUAACGGAUGUGAAAAACUUGAUUAGUUGUGGUGCUAAUGUUCAUGUCCUUAGCCACAUGGGCACUACGGCUCUUCAUGAAGCUGCUUAUAAUGGAAGAGAUGAGGUAAUUGCUGAGCUGCUGAAUGCAGGGGCAAAAAUCAACCAGCAGAAGGAGACAGUAAACGGCUGGGCUGCAAUUCACAUGGCAUCACUCAGAGGGCAUCGGAGUACAGUGAGCCUUUUGCUGGAAAGAGGAGCUGACAUUAAUCUGUCAACCUUGGGCAAGCGAACAGCCACUGAUAUUGCUGAAAAUAAUGGACAGGAGGAAAUAACCAGUUUUCUGAAGCAACGUGGUGGUCAGGCCUUUGAUUGUAUUGGACUGAAAAAUAUCAAUAAGAAGGAUUCAAAAGGGUGGACUCCCCUUCAAUAUGCAGUCCACGAAGGGAAUCGCGAAAAAAUCAAGACUCUUCUGAAGUGUGGUGCUACACAAGACAUCUUGGAGCUCCUGCCUCCAGGACUUGAUCCCAAAGUGGAAAAGAAAGAUGUGGCAAUUACACUCAACGUGGCUGCCGCUAACGGUAAUAUGCCAGAUGUUAAGGCACUCCUCGAGAAAGGGGCUGAUGUAAACUUCAAAUCUGCUGACGGUAAGACCCCUUUGGACCUUGCUCUAGAUAAUGGGCACUAUGAUGUUGCAGAUGUCCUGAUAACAUAUGGUGGAAUUCAGAGUUGA